AUGGUUCCAGCACCGACAAUGCACGCAUCCUACACCCAGCAGUCGCUCACCAGCGCUGCGCUGGAGCUCAAACACACCAAGAACAGCCACUUAGUGGACAUCAUAAGCAAAGAUGAAGAUAUGCGCCGAUUGCGGUUCGACGUACAUGUGUUGGAGGACGACAAUGACGAACUGCGCGACCAAUUGAUGCAAGAGCAGGACCGGAGUGAUGCAUUCGAGAAGCUGGUCAAGGAGAAUCUACUGCGCGCGGAAGAUGCUGAGGCCCAGGCACAAGAGUUGGAGGCAGAUCUGCGACAACGCGAACAGGAGCUUCAGACGAUGCAGGCCGAGAAGAGCGCGCUGCAGCACUCUAGUGAAGACGCGACGGCGGCCUUGACAGAGAAGCUGGCGCUCACAAGGGAACUUUCUGUGCUGAAGCCGGAGCUGGAACACCUGAAAGCGCAAGCUGCGUCGACCGAGGCCUUGAUGACCGAGAAGCUUGCACUCCAGAGACAACUCACGGAGAUUCAGUGCGAAGUCGAGAACGCAAAGCGGGAGGCGAAGCGUGCGCUGGCCAAGCGGAGGAAUACUGGAGUUGAGAUUGCACAGGAGGAGCAGUUAGAAGAACUCAAGCGUCAGGUCGCGAAGGAGAAGCGCGCACGUCAACGAGCAGAAGAGGCUGCUCAGUCUGCUGAAGGCGACGGGCAGAGCGAUGACAUCCGCAAACAACUCGCCAAGGAGCGCAAAGCCCGACUGCGAGCAGAAGAGCAACUUGCGUCAGCUCAGGACACUACGCAAGUUGAAGAUGUGCGGAAAGACUUACUGAAUGAGAAGAAGGAGAAGUCGAAGCUGGAGGAGGCUCUGGAGAACGCCCAAGCAGAACUGGAGCGCGAAAAGAAGGCUGCUGCACGGGCGGCGAAGCGUGCAGAUGGCAAUGCGCAAGCCGAUGAUGAAGCCGAGGAGCUGCGAACGGAGCUUGCGAAGGAGAAGAAGGAGCGGACCAAAGCUCAGCGAGCAGCACAGCAAGCAGCAGACGAAUUUGCAGCGCAGAAAGCCACCCUCGACGAUAAGCUUGACCAAUUCCGCACCAAACUCAGAUCGACCAAGGAGAAGCUCAAAGAGACCGAAGCUGAGCUGAUCACCGCAAAAGCCUCUGCAGCAGCAGCGCCUGCUAAGAAAGCAGCGGCCGCACCGAAAGCAGCCGCAUCAAAGGCGAAUACGAAGAAGCGAGCUGCAGCGCAAAUGGACCUAGAUGCAACCACCCUCGGCACCCCAGGCGACGGUCCAGUUGCAAAGCGUGGCCGCAAAGCAGCUCCCGGCGUUGGCGACAAGUCCACGUUCUCGAUUACCCCGUUCCUUAACAAGACAACGAGCGUCAUUCAGGACGAGGACGACGAAGAAGCCGGCAGCGACGGCGCAGCCUCCCCUGCAGCUACCAAGAAGAAGCAACCUCUCGCUCAACAGCCCGCCAGCAAAGCUAAUGUGCCGCCCAAGAAGGCUCCGGCGCAGCGCAAGCCGAAGAUGCCAGCGCUCGAGAUGGUCACCGAGGAGAACGAGCCAGCCGAAGGCCAGGAGAACGCGAAGCCGCAGACGUUGAAGAUCAAGACGAAGACUGACGAUGGCCCUGAAAAGCCUGGCGAUCCGACGAAGAAGAAGGCCAAGCAGCGCAAGUCGCUUGCCGACUUUGCCUCUUUCAACCCGCAGCCGGAUGUCGAGAAGAGGCAGAAGAAGCGGAAGCUGGGUGGGUUGGGCAAGACGUUAUUCGAUGAGGAGGAAGCGGAGGCCGGUGGACCGAUGAAGCGUGGGCUGUUCGGUACAAAAGGCUUCGGGCUAUUGGGAGCGAAGAAGGGCGGUGGGGUUGGGAGCAGCUUCUUGGGUGGCAGCAAGGCAGGUACGACGAUGCUUACUGCGGGCGAUGGGAGUGGAUUCCAGUUCUCGCCAUUGAAGAAGGCGAGGCGGAAUCUGGACGACACGCUUAGGAUGUGA